CCAGAUCGCUGAGCGUUCAGACCCUCCUUCUCGACGGCUGAACAGCCCUUCUGUACAGCCAUAAUAUCUAUACAGAGUCGAGAGUCGCCAAAUAUCACAGCAAAAAUGCGUUCGUUCUUCUGGCUCUGUCUGGCCCUCUUCGCCGUGCUCUCCGGCUCCGUCCAGGUCGACGAGAGGGACAACAAGAUCAGCGCCUUGGACCCGUUGUCUCUGUCCAGCGCAUCCUCAACCAGCGAUACUGCUGCUGCCUCCUCCGCGACUUCCAGCAGCUCGUCCGCAGACUCGUCCUCAGAGACCUCCGCCCCUUCGACCUCUGCAUCAUCAACAGAGUCUGCAGCCCCUACCACCACCGCUAAUACCGCUACCACCACCAGCGACACUUCCAAGUCCUCGAGCACAAACGAGCCCAGUCCCUCUCAGACGAGUCAGACGGCUGCGAAGACGUCCGACACUACCGCACCCACCUCGACCUCCGAGACCUCAUCGGUCAGCAAGAGUAGCGACUCUUCGGCUACCACCACUGCUGCGAAGACCACUGGCCCCGCGCCCACUCCUGUGGUGAUCGUUACCACCAAGACCAUUAGUGGAACCCCGGUGGCCUCUUCCUAUACCUCCACUCCCACCGCGGCCUCUGAGACGGGUUCCCCCAGCUUAAACAACCAGAGCUCCGGCGGCUCAGGCAGCUCUGGCCUGAGUGAGUCCUCGAAGAAGGUCGUCAUUGGUGUCGUCGUUGGUGUUGGUGGUGCCAUUGUCAUCGGUGUCAUCGCUCUGGUCUUCUGGAGAGUCUGGGGCCGCAGGAGGAACAGGGACGCUACCGACGAGGAUGAUCUGAUGAGCGCCGGUACGGCUGUCGGUGCUGGCAGUCGAGAGAAAGCGGCCAGCCCUGCCGGUACGCCAUUCAAGUCAACGCUGGACCAGUACCAUAACCCCGGUCCCGUCAAUGCUGCAUCCAACUUCUAAGCGUUGUAUAAAAAAAAUACAAAAAAAUGAAACUUGUUUGGUCUGCAUCCGGUCGGUUUGGGUUUCUGUUGCGCUGCUGUUACGACUUAGUUCGAA